UGGUGCCGUGCAUCUCACAAUUAGCUCACAAUAAUCAUGACUAUGGGGAGGAUCAUAUUCUAUGAGGACAGGAACUUCCAGGGUCGCUCCUAUGAGACCAGCAGCGACUGCCCGGAACUGACCUCCUACCUGAGCAGGUGUAACUCUUGCAGGGUGGAGAGCGGCCUCUUCAUGGUCUACGAGAAACCCAAUUUCAUGGGCCACCAGAUGCUGGUGAGGAGGGGCGAGUACCCUGACAACCAGCGGCUGAUGGGAAUGAGUACGAGCGACUGCAUCCAAUCCUGUCGCAUGAUCCCUAUGCACCAAGGACCCUUCCGAAUGAGGAUCUACGAGAGGGAGAAUUUCGCAGGCCAGAUGCACGAGCUGGUGGACGACUGCGAGAACACGAUGGACCGCUUCCGCAUGCCCGAGUGCCAGUCCUGCAACGUCAUGGAGGGCCACUGGCUGAUGUUCGAGCAGCCCACCUACAGGGGCAGGAUGCUGUACCUGAGGCCAGGAGAGUACAGGAACCUGAGGGAGAUGGGGAUGACGAGGUUCAGCUCCAUGAGGCGAAUUAUGGACACCUGUUAGCUCUGAAGUCCUAAAUGUGACUGGUGAUAAAAAAUAAAGCAAGUUGAAAUCCA